UUAAUCUGUAAAAGACGUGUUGGAUGGACGUGUGGUAGAAGUGCAUUUUGUAAAAUCGUAAAUUCUUUGAAUGCAUAAAACUGAAAAAUGGCAGAUUCUGAGAUACUGAAGAAAUUGAAAGAUAUACCGUUUAGAAUACAGACCGCAAGUUUGAAAGAAAGGCGUGCAGUUAUUGAAGAAAUACAGGAUGUUUUAUCAACACCAGGAAUCACAGAGCCAGCAGUGCGUUUUGUGUGCCGCGUAGUGGUCUCGACCCUGCACCGGUAUCGGGACUCUACAUCCCAGUCAUAUGUAAAGGGCCUGCUGGCAUACCUUGCUGUAAACCACCGUGAGUGGGUGCUGCGAAAUUUGCUGCCACUCCUGCUCGAUACAUCUGAGCAGCUUCGCAAUACUGCAACAUCUAAGAACAUAUGUCAGAGUGGGCUCUAUGCACUGCGAUGGUCAACCAUAAUAGUGGACGGUGCUCUGAAGGGCACUGAAGAAGAUGGAGUGGACUACACCUCCCUUGUGCUGACACAAGCCAACCUGCUGGCUGUGGUCACUGCAUAUGGGGACAGCAAAAGGAAUGACAAAGCCUAUUCUAUGUUGCACGCGUCAUGGACCGCCAUCGGCCCGGAGAAGCUGUCCAAGUGGACGGACGUGCUGAUCGCGCAGCCGGCAGACGCGGGCGCGCACGUGUGCGUGGCGCUGGCUGCGCUGUGCCGCCAUGCUGCAGAUGAAGGCCACGAGGAAGAUAUCGCGAAACACAAGCCAAAAAUGCUAGAGUGCUUCACAAAGAGCCUGAUCAGCGUCAAAACCCGGCCGAACGCCAACUACAUCCGCGGCUGCGGCGCGUUACUCCAACUCCUGGACCGGACGGAGGUGCACGAGGCGCUGCUGCCGGCUCUGCAGAAGGCCAUGCUGCGGAGCCCCGAGACCAUCGUGCAGGCCGUUGGCGAAGUACUGGAUAACCUGCAGAUAUCCUUGGAUGGCCCAGCUGUGGAUAUUGCUAAGAGCUUGAUUGCGAACCUGUGCUCAAAAGACGAGUGGGUGCGCUUGUCAGCGCAAGAAGCGCUGCGGCGGCUGGCGCGGCGCUGCGGACAGCGGGCGGCGGCGCGCGCGGCGCUGGCUCACGCCUUCGCCGAGUACCACGGCGCCGGCGGCAAGCGCGCUUCCAGCGAGGACAAGAUCGCGCUGCUCAACGGCGUGGCCAUCCUCAGCUCGCUGAACGUGUCGGCCGAAGACCGCGCGGCGCUGUUCGCGGAGGUGCUGGCGCAGACGGCGCGCGUGCUGGAGGGCGAGUCGCACGAGCGCACGCUGCUGGGCGCGCUGCACGCGCUGCGCGCCUGGCUGCCCGCGCUCGACGCCACGCUGCCCGACAAGCUGCUCGACAUGUUCAAGAAGAACUUAUCAGCCAAGAACACGACGCAGACGGUGCGCAUCGCGUACAUGUCGCUGGUAGCCGCGGGCGUGCGAGCAUGCGGCGUGUCGCAGCCGCAGCGCGACGGCCUGCUGCCCGCGCUGGCGCAAGCUGUCGAACGAGCUGCCCAGCAGCCAUUGCAGCACCUAGUAGUAUGCGAAGGCAUCGCGGCCAUGCUGGCUCUAGUCUUACUGGACACGGCGCGCACGCUGCCGGGCGCGAGCACGUGGGCGGCGCUGGCGCACGCGUCCAAGCACGUGCUGCUGCACGAGCGCGCGCUGGCCGCCGCGCCCGACGACGUCCUAAUACAGGUGGUGUUGCUAUGCAGAACAGUAUUGGAAAAGUACUCAGUAGUGGCAGAAGAGAAGAAUUCUCCUGUGUAUAGAGCAUUUAUACUAGUCUUACUAUCGCCAAUCAAGUCAGUCCGCGACGCGGCCUUAGAACAAGCCAGAUCAUUACUAGCAAAUCAAGAAAGAGCCCUAUUGGCUAGGUAUUUAGUGUUAAAAUUAAAUGAAAUUUUGGAGGAAGGAAAGAUAUUCGUUUCCAAAGAGAAAUCACCCCCAGAAGAGAAGGGAACAGAUGUUACAGGGAAGAUGAUAUUAGAUUGUGUUCAAGCGUUGUGUUCAUAUAAAGAUUACUCAAAGGAAGACACGGAAAGUCUGGCUCUCGACAUUCUACCGUCCUGCCACCACCCUCUAGUCGUGGCGAUAAGCAAACGGGCGUGGCAAAAAGUUUGCGUGUAUCUACGCCUGGAUCCCGAAGUACUAGUUGACACACAUUCUAAGAAAUUGAUCAAUUUAUAUGUGACUGGAUAUACUCCUACCGAGACGAUGUCAAAUCUGGUGACCACGCUAGUACGCACAAACGCGGAGGCUAUAGCUGGCGACGCGCUACAGGUGGCGCUAGACGCGCUAGUGGAUCCGGAACUACUGCGCGUCACGAGGGUAGAGUACUUUACCUACCUCACGCCCGACGGGGAGCUCUACGACAAGAGCUCCGUGCCUGGUAAUGACGACAACAAAGAGAUGAACCUAAAGCGCGAAAGCAAAGCGUAUAGCUACAAGGAGCAGUUAGAAGAAUUACAGCUGCGGCGCGAACUUGAAGAGAAGAUGCGCAAGCAGGGCAAGACCAAGGAGGCGCCGCUCACCGCUAAGCAGAAGGAAGCCAUCAAGGCGCAGCUCGCCAAGGAGAGCGUCAUCCGACAGAAGCUCAGCGCGCUAAACGCACGCGUGGUGGUAGCGGCGGAGCUGUUAGAAGCAGUGCGCGCAGGCAGCGCUUUGGCACUGGCCGCGCGCGCGCGACUUUUGGUGUGGGCUCUGAUAGGCGCACUGCGCUCGCCGCUGGCUGCGCCGCGCCUGCUGUCUGCGUUGUGUGCGCUGCGCCCCGCGUUGCUGCCAAGGCAUACCGUUGUGGGAGACACGGUCGCCAGGUUCACUAUCAGACUACACAAUCCUCAAUGCGACUUAGACCCGAGCUGGGAGGAGGAGGACCUAGACAAGGGCACCAUCCGCGCCAUCAACCUAGUCCACUCAGUGACGGCGGGCGUCAAGGUGUCGGACGAUGAGGAUGCGCCGCCGCCCGAAAACUACUUCACCGCGCCCGGCUUCUGCUAUGUGUUCCCGUUGCUCAAGCAAGACAAGGGCACCAUCCGCGCCAUCAACCUAGUCCACUCAGUGACGGCGGGCGUCAAGGUGUCGGACGACGAGGACGCGCCGCCGCCAGACAACUACUUCACCGCGCCUGGCUUCUGCUAUGUGUUCCCGUUGCUCAAGCAAGACAAGGGCACCAUCCGCGCCAUCAACCUAGUCCACUCAGUGACGGCGGGCGUCAAGGUGUCGGACGACGAGGACGCGCCGCCGCCAGACAACUACUUCACCGCGCCUGGCUUCUGCUACGUGUUCCCGUUGCUCAAGCAAGACAAGGGCACCAUCCGCGCCAUCAACCUAGUCCACUCAGUGACGGCGGGCGUCAAGGUGUCGGACGACGAGGACGCGCCGCCGCCAGACAACUACUUCACCGCGCCUGGCUUCUGCUAUGUGUUCCCGUUGCUCAAGCAAGACAAGGGCACCAUCCGCGCCAUCAACCUAGUCCACUCAGUGACGGCGGGCGUCAAGGUGUCGGACGACGAGGACGCGCCGCCGCCAGACAACUACUUCACCGCGCCUGGCUUCUGCUACGUGUUCCCGUUGCUCAAGCAAGACACGGGCACCAUCCGCGCCAUCAACCUGGUGCACUCGGUGACGGCGGGCGUUAAGGUGUCUGACGACGAGGACGCGCCGCCGCCCGAAAACUACUUCACCGCGCCUGGCUUCUGCUACGUGUUCCCGUUGCUUAAGCAAGACAAGGGCACCAUCCGCGCCAUCAACCUAGUCCACUCAGUGACGGCGGGCGUCAAGGUGUCGGACGACGAGGACGCGCCGCCGCCAGACAACUACUUCACCGCGCCCGGCUUCUGCUAUGUGUUCCCGUUGCUCAAGCAAGACAAGGGCACCAUCCGCGCCAUCAACCUGGUGCACUCGGUGACGGCGGGCGUUAAGGUGUCUGACGACGAGGACGCGCCGCCGCCCGAAAACUACUUCACCGCGCCUGGCUUCUGCUACGUGUUCCCGUUGCUUAAGCAAGACAAGGGCACCAUCCGCGCCAUCAACCUAGUCCACUCAGUGACGGCGGGCGUCAAGGUGUCGGACGACGAGGACGCGCCGCCGCCAGACAACUACUUCACCGCGCCUGGCUUCUGCUACGUGUUCCCGUUGCUUAAGCAAGGGCUAACGCGCACGGCGACGCGCGCCGACGAGGCCGCCAUGAUCAGCGGGCUGGGCGUGAUCGCGCACCACGCCGCGCUGCGCGAGAGCGCCGACCCCAUGCUGAGGCCCGAGCUCUUCCCCAUCGACCACAUGUUCCGGCUGCUGAUCGACCUUAUCAGUAACAGCACCGGGCGCGUGCAGACAGCGUGUACGGUGGCGCUGUUAGAGACAGCGCGUUGUGCGGCGCGUGGCGGCCUCACCACCGAUGAUGUGUCUUGCCUGUUGGCUGGCUUACAGAACCCGCUUGAUGUGGUGCGCGACGCGGCGCUUCGAGCGCUGAUGUGCGUCCAGGACCGGCUGCCGGGCAUGCUGGCGGACGAGGCGUACGCGCUGCCGCUCACCAAGCGCCUGCUCAUCGCCACCUUCGAUGUCGCGCCCGACAACAAAAAACUAGCCGAAGAGCUCUGGGAGAGACUACCCCUCGCGCAGCAGUGGAGCCAGGAGCCGGAGCUGGUGGAGCUGGUGCUGGAUGACGUCACGCACCCCGCGGAGCCGGUGCAGCGCGCGGCGGCGCUGGCGCUGGCGCACCUCGUGGAGAGGGACCCCGACCCCGCCGCCGGCGACCUGGUGCUGCAGAAACUCAUGGACCUGUACAAGGAGAAGCUGCCGCUGAUCCCGGCCAAGCUCGACCAGUUUGGGCACGUGGUGGAGGCAGCAGUUGACGAGUGGGGCGCGCGACGCGGCGCGGGCGUGGCGCUGGGCGCGCUGGCGCCCCGCCUCACCGCGCACGCCGCGCCCGCCGCGAUCACCUUCUUCGUGCACGACGCGCUCGGCGACCGCCACGAGGCCGUGCGCUCCGUCAUGUUGGACGCCGCCAUGGCUGUGGUUGAUCUGUACGGGAAGGAAACCGUGAGCAGCCAGCUGCCGGUGUUCGAGAACUUCCUGGACAAGGCGCCGAAGUCGGGCCACUACGACUGCGUGCGCCAGAGCGUGGUGCUGCUGAUGGGCUCGCUGGCGCGCCACCUGUCGCACAACGACGAGCGCGUGCGCCCCAUCACGCUGCGCCUCAUCGCCGCGCUGUCCACGCCCAGCCAGCAGGUGCAAGAGGCGGUGAGCAACUGUCUGCCGCACCUGGUGAACUCCAAGGCGCUGGAACACGAGAUCAACGGCAUCAUGGCGCGCCUCGUCAAGCAACUGCUCACGGCAGAAAAGUACGGCGACCGGAAGGGUGCAGCGUACGGUAUCGCUGGUCUUAUCAAAGGGCUUGGCAUUUUGUCACUAAAAUCGAUGGACGUUAUGGGAAAACUCACGGACGCGGUACAAGAGAAGAAAAACUACAGGUACCGUGAAGGCGCGCUGUUCGGGUUCGAGAUGCUGUGCCACAAGCUGGGCCGGCUGUUCGAGCCGUACGUGGUGCACGUGCUGCCGCACCUGCUCAACUGCUUCGGCGACACGUCGCAGUACGUGCGCGCCGCCGCCGACGACACCGCCAAGCUCAUCAUGUCGCGGCUCAGCGCGCACGGCGUCAAGCUCGUGCUGCCCGCGCUGCUCGAGGCGCUCAACGACGACAACUGGCGCACCAAGGCCGGUUCGAUCGAGCUCCUCGGCGCGAUGGCAUACUGCGCGCCGAAGCAGCUGUCGUCGUGCCUGCCGUCCAUCGUGCCCAAGCUCAUCGAAGUGCUGAGCGACUCGCACAUGCGGGUCCAGGAGGCCGGCGUGGAGGCGCUCGGCGUCAUCGGCUCCGUCAUCCGCAACCCUGAGAUUCAGGCAAUCGUGCCCGUCCUCCUGCAAGCCCUUCAAGACCCGUCGAACAAGACAUCGGCCUGCCUCCAGACGCUCUUAGACACGAAGUUCGUGCACUUCAUCGACGCGCCGUCGCUGGCGCUAAUCAUGCCGGUCGUGCAGCGCGCCUUCCUGGACCGCAGCACGGAGACUCGCAAGAUGGCCGCGCAGAUCAUCGGCAACAUGUACUCGCUCACCGACCAGAAGGACCUCAUGCCAUACCUGCCCAGCAUCAUCCCCGGCCUCAAGAGCUCGCUGCUCGACCCCGUGCCCGAGGUGCGGUCGGUGUCUGCGCGCGCGCUGGGCGCCAUGGUGCGCGGCAUGGGCGAGCAGAGCUUCGAGGAGCUGCUGCCGUGGCUCAUGAGCACGCUCACGUCGGAGAGCAGCAGCGUGGACCGCUCGGGCGCCGCGCAGGGCCUGUCCGAGGUCGUGGCCGGCCUGGGCGUGCACAAGCUGCACACCAUCAUGCCGGAUAUAAUCGCGACGGCCGAGCGCACGGACAUCGCGCCGCACGUGAAGGACGGCUACAUCAUGAUGUUCAUCUACAUGCCGGGCGCCUUCACGGACGAGUUCACGCCCUACAUCGGCCAGAUCAUCAACCCAAUCCUCAAGGCGCUCGCCGACGAGAACGAAUACGUGCGCGAGACUGCGCUCAAGGCCGGUCAGCGCAUCGUCACAUUGUACGCAGAAUCUGCGAUCACAUUGCUCCUACCGGAGUUGGAACGCGGGUUGUUUGAUGACAACUGGCGUAUCCGAUACAGUUCGGUCCAACUUCUCGGAGACUUGCUUUACCGUAUAUCUGGAGUGUCAGGAAAGAUGAGCACGGAAACAGCGUCAGAGGACGACAACUUCGGCACAGAACAUUCUCACAAGGCGAUCAUGCGAGCGCUAGGCCCCGAGCGUAGGAACCGCGUGUUAGCUGGGCUUUAUAUGGGCCGCAGCGACGUGGCGCUCAUGGUGCGUCAGGCCGCGCUGCACGUCUGGAAGGUGGUGGUGACAAACACGCCGAAGACGCUGCGCGAGAUCCUGCCGACGCUGUUCAGCCUGCUGCUGGGCUGCCUGGCCUCCACCAGCUACGACAAGCGCCAGGUGGCCGCGCGCACGCUCGGCGACCUCGUGCGCAAGCUUGGCGAGCGCGUGCUGCCCGAGAUAGUACCGAUCCUGGAGCGCGGGCUGAAGUCGGAGCGCGCGGACCAGCGCCAGGGCGUGUGUAUUGGCCUGGGAGAGAUCCUGGCUUCCACCUCGCGGGAAGCGGUCAUGAGCUUCGCCGAUGGCCUGGUGCCGACGGUCCGCACGGCGCUGUGCGACCCGCUGCCCGAGGUGCGGCUGGCGGCGGCGCGCGCGUUCGACAGCCUGCACGCCACCAUCGGCAACAAGGCGCUGGACGACAUCCUGCCGCACAUGCUGCGCUCGCUGCACGACCCCGACAAGCAGCUCGCCGACGCCACGCUCGACGGGCUCAAGCAGGUACGUGCCACGCCACCGUCGGCAACAAGGCGCUGGACGACAUCCUGCCGCACAUGCUGCGCUCGCUGCACGACCCCGACAAGCAGCUCGCCGACGCCACGCUCGACGGGCUCAAGCAGGUACGUGCCACGCCACCGUCGGCAACAAGGCGCUGGACGACAUCCUGCCGCACAUGCUGCGCUCGCUGCACGACCCCGACAAGCAGCUCGCCGACGCCACGCUCGACGGGCUCAAGCAGGUACGUGCCACGCCACCGUCGGCAACAAGGCGCUGGACGACAUCCUGCCGCACAUGCUGCGCUCGCUGCACGACCCCGACAAGCAGCUCGCCGACGCCACGCUCGACGGGCUCAAGCAGGUGAUGGCGAUCAAGUCCCGCGCAGUGCUGCCAUACUUGGUCCCAGUGCUAACCGGCUCGGGCUCGGGCCCGGGCGGCAACGCGGUGGACACGCGCGCUCUGUCGGCGCUGGCGGCGGCGGCGGGCGGCGCGCUGGGCCGGCACCUGCCGCGCGUGCUGCCCGCGCUGCUGACGGCGCUGGUGGCGGCGCGAGGCCGGCCUGACGAGGCCAGGGAGCUGGAGAACUGCCGCGACGCGCUGCUGCCUGUCACUGAUGCUGCUGGAGUCAGGAGCAUCAUCGACACACUGCUAGAAACGAUCCGCACGAGCGAGGAGCCGCGACGGCGCGCGGCGGCAGCCCUGCUAUGCGCAUUCGUGGCGCACACGCGCGCCGAGCUGGCGCCUCACGUGGCGGCGCUCCUGCGUGGACUGUUGGCGCUGUACGCCGACAAGGAGCGCGAGCUGCUGUGCAUGGCGUAUGAAGCGAUGGCAGCGCUGACGCGUACGCUGGACGCCGAGCGUAUGAUCCAGCACGUGCCUGACGUGCGAACGGCUCUACGCCUAGCCGCUGCGGAUCUCAAGGGCGAUCUCUUGCCUGGAUUCUGCAUGCCCAAGGGCAUAUCCCCCCUCCUGCCGUUAUUCCGCGAGUCGAUCCUGAACGGGCUGCCGGAGGACAAGGAGAACGCCGCGCUCAUGCUGGGCGAGAUCAUCAAGCUCACCUCCGCCGCCGCCAUCCAGCCGUCCGUCGUUCACAUCACGGGACCGCUCAUCCGUAUCCUGGGAGACCGGUUCAAUUCCAGUGUGAAGGCCGCGGUCUUGGAGACUCUGGCUUCCUUAUUAUCCAAGGUGGGGUCGAUGCUGAAGCAGUUCCUGCCGCAGCUGCAGACGACGUUCCUGAAGGCGCUGCACGACGGCGCGCGCGGCGUGCGCAUCAAGGCGGGCCAGGCGCUGGCGCAGCUCGUGCUCAUCCACACGCGCGCCGACCCGCUCUUCGUCGAGCUACACAACGGCGUGCGUCUCGACGACGCCGCCGUGCGCGACACCAUGCUGCAGGCGCUGCGAGGCGCGCUCGUCGGCGGCGGCGACAAGAUGUCGGAGCCGCUCGCACUCGCCGUGCUCACCACCCUCAGCGGGCCGGCGCUGCUGGCGCACCCCGACGACCCGCCGCGCCAGGCCGUGGGCGGCUGCCUGGGCGCGCUGCUGCCGCGCCUGCCGCCCGCGCACCGCGACGCCGCGCUGCUGCACCACGUGCUGGCCGCGCAGCAGCAGCCGCACCACCACCACCACCAGCCCGCGCAGGACGACUGGCUUCUGACGCACGGCCGUUCUGCUGCGCUGUUCGUCGCGCUCAAGGAAUCACCUGCUGAGAUCUACCGCGACCACUUCGAGGAGAAGAUCGAGAAGACGCUGCUGUCGUACCUGGCCAGCGAGCGCGUGCCCACCGCCUGCAACGGGCUGCGCGGCGCCGCCUACCUGCUGCGCCACCUGCUGGCCGCGCGCCGGCCCGCGCCGCCCGCGCUGCUGCAGCAGUUCGUGAGGGUAGGACCGCACUCGUACACAGCACACUACUCCCUGCGUGGCUCGCCAGGCGUGCCACCGCCUGCAACGGGCUGCGCGGCGCCGCCUACCUGCUGCGCCACCUGCUGGCCGCGCGCCGCCCCGCGCCGCCCGCGCUGCUGCAGCAGUUCGUGAGGGUAGACCGCACUCGUACACAGCACACUACUCCCUGCGUGGCUCGCCAGGCGUGCCACCGCCUGCAACGGGCUGCGCGGCGCCGCCUACCUGCUGCGCCACCUGCUGGCCGCGCGCCGCCCCGCGCCGCCCGCGCUGCUGCAGCAGUUCGUGAGGAGCAUGAACCACCAGAGCAAUGAGGUGAAACAGUUAAUGGCGACCGCAGGCGCGCUCGUGGGCCGCGCCGCCGCCGCCGAGUGGUGCGGCGAGACGCCCGACGCCGCCGACCAACAGGAACCGCGAGCGGGCUGGGAAGGUGGCGCGGAUGUACUGCGCGCGCUGCUGCCAGCGCUGGUCAACGGCACCAAGGAGAAGAACACCUACGUACGCGCCAACUCCGAGCUCGCUCUCAAAGCCGUGCUGCGACUGCCGGCUGACGACGCCUUCCACCAGAAAUGCGUGAGCCUGCUGGACGAGGGCGCGCGCGAGGCGCUGGCCGACGUGGUGGCGCGCGUGCUGCGGCGCGCGCACUCCGAGCACGCGCGCGACGAGGAGCUCGACUGCACGCUGCUCACCUGAGCCUCUGCCGCCGGCCCCGAGCGCACAUGUUAUUCAUAUUCAUAUUAUAUUUAACUCUCUUUACCAAUA